GGCCACUUGGACCAACAUCUAAUGAAACACAGUGGUGACAAACCCUACGAGUGUGGGGAGUGCGGGUACAGGGCGGCUCUAAAGUCUAACUUAUCCAAACAUAUGAGGACCCACACUGGAGAAAAACCCUACAAGUGUGACCAGUGUGACUAUUCUGCUGCAGUCAAAUCCACCUUGGACAAACAUUUAGCCAAACACACUGGUGACAAACCCUACAUGUGUGGGGACUGUGGGUACAGGGUGGCUCAAAAGUCCGACUUAUCUCGACAUAUAAGAACCCACACAGGAGAAAAACCCUACAAGUGUGUCCAGUGUGACUAUUCAGCUGCACGGAAAUCCACUUUGGACAACCAUACAGUAGCAAAACACUGUGCUGAGAGUGAGAGACCCUACACGUGUGGGGAAUGUGGUUACAGGACAGCUGACAGGUCUACCUUAUCCCAGCAUUUGAGAACCCACACAGGUGAAAGACCCUACAAGUGUGACCAGUGUGACUAUUCUGCAGCACAAAAAUCUACUUUGGACCAACAUCUAAGAAAACACACAGGUGACAAACCCUACAUGUGUGGGGAGUGUGGGUACAGGGCAGUUCAUAAGUCUGACUUAUCCAAACAUAUGAGAACUCACACAGGAGAAAAACCCUACAAGUGUGACCAGUGUGACUAUUCUGCUGCACGGAAAUCCACGUUGGACAACCAUACAAUAGCAAAACACAGUGCUGAGAAACCCUACAUGUGUGGGGAGUGUGGGUACAGGACAGCUAUAAAGUGUAACUUAUCAGUACAUAUGAGAUCCCACACAGGAGAAAAACCCUACAAGUGUGACCAGUGUGACUAUUCCGCAGCACAAAAAUCUACUUUGGACCACCAUCUAAGAAAACACACCGGUGAGAAACCUAGCCGAAUAUAG